AUGGCCACAAUCAGCGCCGUUCUCAAAAUGGAUGUAUUGGCUUAUUUUGUCCAGGCAGAGUUAUUCGAUGUACUUCUUAUAUCCGUCCUUUUGUUUGCUAUUCUGACCUUAAUAAUCAGUGUUUUUUACCCAUCCGACUCGUCGAGUGAAGAGGGAGUCUUGACUACAACCUCAUCUCAAGCUAAAGAUGGAACGUAUUCCAGCUUACGUCAACGGACUCCUUCAUCCGAACAUCGUCGUAAAGAAAUGCGGCGUAAAAAGCGGACUGGAGUGUCGUCUGAGGGCGAUACCGAUAAACGAAGCGUUUCUCCUAUCGUGUCAGCUGUACCACAGACCAGUCCUACUGUGGAUGACAACGCUGCUGUCGUCAGGAAAACAGGCGAUGUGACAGCAUCACAGGGGCGGAUGACCGGACAGAAGUCCCGAAAAGCACGAGCUAAACCCGAGGCUAUCAGCACCAAAAUUAGCGCUGAAACAGUUGUACAGAGCGGUGCCUCGAAUACCAUAACGCCUGUUCAAAAGCCCACAAGUAAUGGGGAUCCAGUCACAGAACAGACUCAACAACCGUCCAAUCCACCAUCAUCCCUUGUGGACGAAGUCCCUGAUGACGAUUGGUGCGCUGCGCCUCGGAAGAACAAGAAGCGGGUGCGUUCACAAAUCUGCCCAGAGCAGCCUGAACAAAACAAAAAUCAGUCACUUGUUUCUCCUACUGAAGAGCUUGCAGCGCAGGGACCCGUUGAUUGUUCGCCACUCGAGGAUAAACCGUCCAUCGAAUUUCCAAACACCCCUCUAAGCGAAGUGGAUCCAUGCCCAGAAGUUGAAACAAGCACUCCGCUUCCUCGGCCACCUGAGUCCAGUUGUCCGGAGGAGGUAACAGUUCCCCGAAAGCCCUCCGGUGCUCGCCGAAAACGACGCACACCUUCUUCGCGAACCCGUUCCAAACUCUCUGAUAUCAACACACAGCAGCUAAAUGAAACUUCCACUGAAAUUGUUGAUUUCCCCAAGGACGCUGCGGAUCCAAAGCACACAUGUGACUCAGAAUUCGAAGUGAUUGAGUUGCCCUCCUCCCACUCGCUAUCUCCCGAACAACCCGGCUCACUCAUCGAGUCAGAUUUGGAUCUCACCGACGUGGGUUUGGAGAAACCGACUCCACCACCAAAGACGGACGACAUAAACCAAUUCCCUUGUCUUCCUGGAGCAGAGAGCCAAUUUGUUUGUCAUCCCCCGCUAAAACCGGAUGUUCGGGAGAGUGGAAGACAUCCACGAGCUGAAAGCUUAAUCAGUGCCGCGCUGAAUGAACGUGAAGUUGUGGAUGUGCCGGAUAUCGUUGGUCCACCGUCCGUACCAAUCAUCUCAGGAAAACCCAAACGCUCCAAAGCCCGCAAGGCUGACUAGUGGUCCAUUUGCUUUCUAUCUGUCUCCUCGUUGAUCGGUCUCAAGCUACUCGAGAUUCUUCUCCUAACGUAUUUAGUCUUUCACACUGCCUCCCUAUCUCUGACCCAGCAAACGCCCCAGUAUUUUUAUCAUCCUUCCGUACUCGUGCUAAUAUGAUCUGGUUGUUUUCUGUCCUCGUGCACUAAUUAUGGAUGCGGUAUUUUUCUUCUGAUGUCACCUACAGAACCGCUUAGGUGGUUUGUGACGUGAGCAUUUCACGGGCGAUUAAUCUGAGUAUGAAUUUCGCAUCUCUCUUUCUUUUUGAUCAUACCCCUAUCAUAAAGUUACCAUGUCUGUGUGUCCUAUAUUCUCCUUCCCCUCCUCCGUAACUUUAUUUCCGUUGACCUUUUCUUAUCUAAUUGGUCCAAAAUUGCAGCAGCUCCCUGUCCCUUCGAUCUAUGGUAUCUACAAAGGUGUUCGUCUAUCCAAAUGGUUGUUUUGUUCCGUUUUGCUUUUGAAACUUUCCUACUCUCGGACUGACAAUUCCCUACCCACCCCCACCUACUAACGCUAGUCAUUUUGUUGGUUCCUUUUUUCUUUCAAGUUGUCUUGCCUGUGAUAAA